GUGCCGAGCUUGUGUGCAUUGCCACUCUGUCUGUCCAUCUUUCCUCGCGCUCAAGAGGGACAACCGUCGAUUGGACGCGAUCACAGCUGGCCUUUUCGUCGCCGCCUCUUUCCUCCGAGCUUACGCCCUCGACACUGAAGCGCGGACCAACGCACACCAGUUGGGGAUACUAAAACACGCGUUUAACAGCCCACGUUGUCCGUCACGACACAAGUAACAGCAAUGGAGGCGCUACUUGACUUCAACCGCCCCUUCGAUGUCUCGCUGAUGGACAAGGUCGCGAUGGCGUUCUACACCGGGAACGGUCGGGAUCGCCAAUCUGCGCAACUCGUCCUCACGCAGUUCGAGGAGAACCCCGAAUCGUGGACGCGUGUUCCCGAGAUCCUGGAGAGCGCGACGUUCCCGCAGUCCAAGUACAUCGGGCUGCAGAUCCUCGAGCGGCUGAUCACCACGCGGUGGAGGGCGUUGCCGGACGGCCAGCGACAGGGCAUCCGCAACUUCAUCGUUGGGGAGACGGUCAAAGUCGCAUCGGAUGAGAUGUCGCUCAGAAGGGAGCGGGCGUAUGUCGGGAAAUUGAACCUGGUGUUGGUGCAGGUCCUCAAACAAGAGUGGCCACAUAACUGGCCGAACUUCAUCUCCGAGCUGAUCCAAUCCUCGACCGCCAACCUGACAUUGUGCGAAAACAAUAUGGCGAUUCUGAAACUCCUCUCUGAAGAAAUCUUCGACUUCUCUGCGGAACAAAUGACGCAGACCAAGACCAAGAACCUGAAAACGCAAAUGUCCGGGGAAUUCUCGGAAAUCUUCAAGCUCUGUGUCGAGGUCUUGAAGGAGGCGAACAAGACAUCGCUGGUGAAAGCGACGCUCGAGACACUGCUCAGGUUCUUGAACUGGAUUCCAUUGGGGUACAUCUUCGAGACGCAGGUCAUUGACAUCUUGCUGAAUCGGUUCCUGGAACAGCCCGAAUUCCGGAAUGUCACGCUGAAGUGCUUGGCGGAGGUUGCCGCGCUCGAGGUCGGGCCCGAAUACGACCAGAAGUUCACGAUCCUGUUCGCGAUGGUGAUGGCCGCCAUCAACCGGAUGGUCCCACCGAGCACGGAUAUCCGCCAGGGCUACGCAGACGCGGACGACGAUGUCCAGGAGCUCAUCCUCAACAUCACCCUGUUCCUCACGAACUUCCUGACGGUACACCUGAAGACGCUGGAAGCCGCGGGCGACGCCAGCAAGGAAGCGCUGCUCAAUGCGCACAUGUAUCUCGUCAAGAUCUCGACGGUCGAGGAGCGGGAGGUGUUCAAGAUCUGUCUGGAGUAUUGGACCAAGCUAGUCUCUGAGCUGUAUGAGGAGGACCAGCGGGGUGGGGAGGCGGGGUUGUUGAUGGGGCUGAGUCUCGGUCCCAGGAGCGGAGGACGCAAGGACAUGUACGCUGCCGUGCUCUCCAAUCUCAGGCUAGUCGUCACCGGAAGAAUGGCCAAACCCGAGGAAGUCCUUGUUGUCGAGACCGAAGAGGGUGAAAUCGUGCGCGAGUUCAUGAAGGAGUCUGAUACCAUCGUGUUGUACAAGUCCAUGCGUGUCGUCUUGGUCUACCUGACACACCUCGACGUGUCGGACAUGGAGAGUAUCCUGAUGGACAAGCUCGCGAAGCAAAUGGAUGGCAGCGAGUGGAGCUGGGCGAAUCUGAACUCGCUCUGUUGGGCCAUUGGGUCCAUCUCGCAGACUAUGAGCGAAGAGCAGGAGAAACGAUUCCUUGUCACAACAAUCAAAGAGCUGCUUGCUCUGGUCGAGAUCAAGCGUGGCAAAGACAACAAGGCUGUGGUCGCGUCGGAUAUCAUGUACAUCGUGGGCCAGUAUCCUCGCUUCCUCAAGGCCCACUGGAAGUUCCUCAAAACUGUCGUCAACAAGCUGUUCGAGUUCAUGCACGAGAAACAUGAGGGUGUCCAGGAUAUGGCUUGCGACACGUUCAUCAAGAUUGCCCAGAAGUGUAAAAGACAUUUCGUCAUUCUGCAAUCAGGCGAGACCGAGCCGUUCGUCGAUGAGAUUCUGCGGAAUCUGUCGAGGAUCACCGUCGAUCUAAGUCCCCAGCAGGUCCACACGUUCUACGAAGCAGUCGGGCACGUCAUCUCGGCGCAGGCGAACAAGUCUUCGCAAGAGAGGUUGAUUGCCACUCUCAUGGAGCUGCCAAACAGCGCUUGGGAUUCGCUUAUGGCCCAAGCCGCGCAAAACAUGGAUGUCCUGGGCUCCUCUGAUAACGUGAAGGUGCUUUCGAAUAUCCUGAAGACGAACGUGUCGGCAUGCAGUGCGAUUGGUGCCGCGUACCUUCCGCAGAUCGGCAGGGUGUUCAUGGAUAUGUUGGGGCUGUACAAGACUGUGAGCGCGUUGAUCAGCGAGACUGUCCAGAGAGACGGUCCCAUCGCAAGCAAGACGCCGAGGAUCAGGCAACUGCGCACGGUCAAGAAGGAUAUCCUGAAGCUGAUGGAGACAUACAUCAACGCCGCUGGCAGCGGGGAUUCCGAAAGUCUCGAGAUUGUCAACGCGAACUUCAUACCGCUGCUCCUGGAUGCGAUUCUAGGUGACUACCAGCGAAAUGUGCCUGUAGCGAGGGAGGCAGAGGUGUUGUUCUUGAUGGCCGUGAUUGUCGAGAAGCUUGGGGCUCUUCUCACUGUCCAAAUCCCGGCCACACUCGACGCGGUGUUCCAGCCGACACUGGAUAUGAUCACCAAGGACUUUACCGAGUUCCCUGACCACCGCAUGGGGUUGUACAAGCUCCUCCGGGCAGUCAACAGCAAAUGCUUCCCUGCGCUCUUGGGCUUGCAGCCAGCUCAGUUCAAGCUUUUCAUGGACAGCAUCAUGUGGGCCAUCAAACACACGAUCCGCGACGUUGCCGAUCUAGGAUUGACGAUCUGCUUAGAGGUGAUCGACAACUUCACGUCGUCUCCGCCUGAGAUCAAAAAUCCCUUCUUCCAAGCGUAUUUCCUGUCGAUCGUGCAGGACAUCCUUUUCGUGCUGACGGACACGGACCACAAGAGCGGUUUCCGGAUGCAGACGACCGUUCUGGCGCGUUUAUUCGAGUUGGUCGAUCCGUCCGGGAAUGGGAUCCAAGUCGCUUUGUUCGACGGCGGGAAGGGCAACAUGGAGGGUCUGCAAGAGUACAUCAACGGGCUGCUUACUUCAGCGUUCCCGCAUGUCGCCACAGCGGACAUUCGCACGCUUAUCACGUCCCUGUCGACGCUGCAUUCCGACUCGACCAAGUUCAAGCUGGCGGUCCGGGACUUCCUUAUCCAGCUCAAAGAGUUCCAGGGCGAUUCGGCAAGUUCCGAGUCGAACGUGCUGGAUCUCGAGAGCGAGGCCAAGAGGGAGGAGGAGAGGAAAGAGCGGGAGAGGAUUCCGGGGAUGCUGAAGCCCUCAGAGGUCGAAGUCGAAUUGUAGGAUCUAUGGUAGAAUGUUUUUGUAUGAUUUUAGUACUCGUCUCCUUGAAGCUUGCUCUACGAAUGCUGUACUAGUAGAUAAAAAUGUACCCGCUGAUACGUCCGUGCCAGUGUGUUUGUUGAGCGGCUGCAGUUAA